CUGAGGCUGGCUUUGUAGCCAUGGUAGAGAGACUGCUCUUUCUCCUUUUCUGUGGACAUAUUGCACUAACCCUGGGAAAUGCUCAGAAAUUGCCAAGAGUGAAAAGACAGAGCCUGAAAGUUCAGAUCAAUGCGACAGAUGAUACUGUUUGCAUGAAGUAUCUUCGACCUAGUCAAAACACCAAGCUUGAAGGUUUUGUCCUAGGUUAUGGAAGCAGCUUCUUUUCUAAUCAGUACAUUCGUCUACCUUCUGAAGGAAAAACAUACACAACAGAACUUGAUGCAGAGCCACGGUAUUUAAUUUCAGUAAGACCAGCACGCAACUCAAAUAACAAGAAAUCUUGCUCAGGUCGGAGCAAGACUCAAAAGCCUCUGCAGCUGGUAGUUGGGACCUUGACCCCAACCUCUGUCUUCCUCUCUUGGGGCAUCCUAGUCAACCCUCAACAUGACUGGACAGCAACAAGUAGCUGCGCUAGUGACAGCAGGUUCUAUACGGUUCGCUACAGAGAAAAGGAUAAAGAGAAGAAUUGGGUUUUUCAGCUUUGUCCUGUUACAGAGACAGUAGUGGACAAUCUGAAGCCAAACACACUUUAUGAAUUUGGAGUAAAAGACAACGUAGAGGAUAGUAUUUGGAGCAAGACUUUAAAUCACAAGACAGUUCUGUCUAAUAAAAAAGUAAAUGGACAACUCCAGAAUAUGUACAAGUUGAUACCUAAUUCUCAAACACAGCUUACUCUAAGAGAUAAUAAGAAGUUAGUCCCUGUCACAAUAAUCAAACAAGUUAUUCAAAAUCGGACGCUGUCAAAGACUUCAGAUAUUUCUUCUCUGCCAGGAGCAAUAUUAGUGCACCUUAUUGUUCCAGGACUCAAUGAAACUCAACAGAAACUUCCUCCUCCUCUGACAAUAGAAGACCUAUCUCAAAUAUCUAAGAAAAAGAUGGCUAAGAAUGAAACUCAGCUAUGGCCUGCUGAAUCCAAAACACCAGAAGUUCAAGAAAUCUCCCCACAGGUCCUGCCAGCCAAAACUGAGAAAAGCAAUGGACCUGAGGAAUUAAAAUCAACACCUAAACCAGAAUUGGAGCAAACUCAAAGCAUACUGGCUUCUAAUGAAAUACAGCCACGUCCUCCUGGAUCCAGAACAUAUGAUGCUCCAAAAAGUCUACUGACAGAACUUGCUACUCAGAGUCCAGCCUUGAAACAUGUAUCUCUCCCUCCUGUGGAAACCAAAGACUUGCAAAUGGCUUUUGAUGAAACACAGCCUAUUUCUUCAAGAUCCAAAGCRUCUGGCACAACAGGAGUGCAACCAACCAAAUCUGCUUCACAUGACUUUCUUCAUGUUACUUCUACUCCUCAAACUUUUGCAACUCCAGAAAUAUCAGACACUGAUGAAAUGAAACCUCUUUCUUCAAGAUCCAAAAUAUCUGGCUUGCCAGAAAUAUUACCCACCUCAGCUGCAACACUGAGACCAGACCUGGAGUCGCCCUCCACUGCUUCACUGGAGAUGGCCAGAGCUGCGAUGGCUUCACCUGACUUUCUUCAUGUUACUUCCACUUUCCAAACCUCUGCAUCUGCAGAAAUGUUAGAAACAGAGAAUGCUACCCAGGAACCUGUCCUGAAAUCCACAUCUCUUCCCUCCAUGAAAACCAGAGGGACAGUAAAGGCUUUUGAUGAAAAACAGCCCGUUUCUUCAAGAUCUGAAACAUCUGGCAUCCAAAAAAUGCCAUCAGCGAUACCUGCUCUCCUAAGGCCAAUCCAGGAAUCCACAUCUUUUCCUUCUCUGGAAACCACAAGGACACAAGUGAUGGCUACUCGGAGACCAAAAUUGAAAUCUCCUUCAGCUUACCUGACAACUCAAGGAAGAGUGGAGGCUUUUGAUGAUAUUCAGCCUGUUCUGCCAAGCCCUGGGACACCCAGUAGGCCUGAAAUAGCACAUCCUGGACCAGCAACAAGUGAAUCUAUUCUGGAAUCUUUCACACCUAAAACUUCUCAUCCUUUUCAGUGGCCAAGGGUAACAUUAGCUCCAAAAGAAACACCACUUACUCCUUCUAAACUGAAACCAUCUGUUACCCCAGAAGUACAGCAUGUGAAGCCUGCCCCUAAGCCACCGCUUUUUGAGUAUUGUACACAUAAAACGCCUCAGAUCAGUGAACAUCCGAAAGCAACACUAGCUCCUAAAGAAGCAAAACCUUCUACAUCUAAACCUGCACCAUCUGCCAGAACCAAAAAACCACGACUCAAACCUGCAGCAACCGUUCCUGUGUCAAUCUCUACUGAGAAUCCAUACACAUUUGAACAUCCACAAACCUCAGAGGUCUUGGAACCCAUUACAUUUAGAAUCGAAUCGCCAGGGUCAACCAUAGCUCCAAAAGAGACUCACCGUAUUCCUUCUAAACCUAAAACUUCACCCAAACUUCAUAUCCCGCAUGCCACAGGUGUCCUGGAAUCGGUAACAUUUAGAACUGAUGAACCAAAAACAGCARUAGUUCCAAAAGAAAUGCACCGUUUUCCCUCCAAACCUAAAACUUCACCAAGAGCAGAGGUGCCACAAACCAAACCUGUCCUGGAUCCAAUUAUGUUUAGAACUGAGAAACCAAAGUCAACAGUAGCUCCUAGAGAGACACAUCGUGGCCCUUCCAAACCUAGAACAUCACCUACUCCACGUGUUCCUCCAACUAGAGCAAGUCCAAAAGAGAGUCGACGAGUCUCCUCAAAGCCUAAAGCCUCCCCAAGUCCAGAUAUAUCACAGACAAGACCUGUUUUGGCACCUGUAACAUUUACAGUUGAAAAACCAAAGGCAACAAUAGCUCCUAAAGACCUGCCACAUACUCCCUUUAAACCUAAAGCAGUACCCAUUCCGGAUGCUUCAUAUACCAAACCUGAAAUCAUUCCACCCUUCCAUGAGCCAGUUACCACUAUGAUUCCUCAUAUUCCUGAAAGAACRAAGGCAACACUGGCUCCCACCGAAAAACAGUUAAUUCCUAUCAAACCAAAAGUUCCUGCCAAGCCAAGAGUGCCACACACCAAACCUGCGAUACAUCAAACAACCCCACAACCAUUUAUUACAAAAUCUUCUACUACCACUGAGCAGACAAGGGCAACAAUGGCUCCUAAAGAAACACUGCUCAUUCCUUCUAAACCCAAAACAUCUGUCGGGCCAGAAGUACCACAGACUAAACCUGCUCCAAGGACGACACACCUGGGAUCAAUUAACCUUAUAACGGUUCAUGUUGUUGAUGGGUCCAAAAUGACUUUGGUGCCCAAUGAAACAUACCAGCUUUCACCGAGACCAAAAAGUCCUCUUGCAACUGAGAUUCCCCAGUCAAAAACAGCACCACAUAAAACACGUCUCACUUCUGCAAGACCAAAGCCAUCUGAUAAAUCACAGACUAGACCUGCUCUUAGCAGAACCACACUAGCACCCCCUAGAACAAGAACUCCUGGACUGCCAAAAUGGAUUGCCCCAGCAACAGAUGAUGUAUAUACACCUGAAGAUAUUGUCAAACUAAUUGGUGUGGAUAUAGGAAAACCUGCAGAACAUAGUGAUACUUGGGAAAAGACAUUUUCUGUAACUACAUCACCCGGCCCUCACCGUCCUCCAGUACCUCCUGUCAGGCCCACGCCAAUGCGAAGAAAGCCUCUGCCUCCAAACACAGUGACUGGUAAACCAGGGAGUCCAGCUAAACCUGCUGGGCCCACAACACUUGUGAAGACAGGAGUUCCAUAUAAGACACCAACAGCUUCUGCAACUCCAGAUUAUUAUGUUGACGCAACGGUCUUCAGCUCAAGUCCUACAUCAGAAACUGAUUCCUCAGGCAAGCCAAGAUACCAAGCCCCUCAUGUCAAGUACAUGAAGAAAGAUGAAGAUGUGCCUUGUUCUAUCACAAGCUCCCUUGAACACUUCCCUCAAGAAGAAGGCGGCAGCAAGGAAGAAGCUACUCGUCCUCCACAAAACCCUCCAACCAAUCUCACAGUGGUGACAGUCGAGGGCUGCCCAACUUUUGUCAUAUUGGAUUGGGAAAAACCAGACAAUGAUACUGUUACUGAGUACGAAGUUGUGUCAACUGAAAAUGGAGCAAGUGAUGGUGAAAAGGAGCAGUCGAUUAUCACUACAAAUCAGACCCAUUCCACUGUGGAAAACCUAAAACCUGACACAAGUUAUGAGUUCCACGUGAAACCUAGAAAUCCUCUUGGAGAAGGCCCGAGCAGCAACGUUGUGGCGUUCAAUACUGAAUCAGCGGACCCAAGAGUGAGCGAGCCCAUUUCAAUGGGAAAGGAUGCCAUCUGGACUGAAAUCCCAUUCAAUUCUGACACCUAUUCAGAAUGCAAAGGGAAGCAAUACGUAAAGAGGACUUGGUAUAAGAAGUUUGUAGGUGUGCAGCUGUGUAAUUCAUUGAGAUAUAAGAUCUACCUCAGCGACUCCCUCACAGGAAAAUUUUAUAAUAUUGGAGACCAGAGGGGCCACGGAGAAGAUCACUGUCAAUUUGUAGACUCUUUCUUGGAUGGAAGGACAGGGCAGCAAGACGAUCUACCAGCCAAAGAUGGCUUCUUCAGGGCAGUUCGCCAAGAACCYGUCAAAUUCGGAAAAAUAGGCGGCGAGACUCACAUUAACUACGUUCGCUGGUACGAGUGCGGCACAUCAAUACCUGGCAAAUGGUAGAGCUGCCGUGAACGCAGCAGAGAGAGACAUCCCUYUCUACCCCCCUGCUUCCGACUGCCCAAAGCGAGCGCAAAGGUGAAGAUGGUGUUUACGGUAUGCCUGUCAUUUAAAGAAUUUUGCUAACCUGUAACGGUUUAUACAAAUCUAAUGACAAUACUGCGUUAAUUGUGUAAUAGCAUAGGCUGCUUGCUGUAGUUAUCCAGUUCUACAAAUUUGUUUUUUAGGUUAAAACAAACAGGUUAAGGAYAUGAUGUAGGAUAACAUAUAGGGAAGCUGGCUCCCUAGCUUGAGGUAUGGUUUAUAUGGUAUUUUAAAAGAUACAGUGUGUAUAUUAUUUAUCACAGUGUUGUAAUAAUUGUUUAAGGCACAAUUAUGGCAAAGUUGGUCAUGGAAUGCAAUGUGUGUUAGUUUUAAAUAYUUACUGUUUUCUGUUACAAUGUAAAGCGCUGUAAGCUAGCUGCCCCUAGUCAUAAAUUAUAGAAGCCCCUUAAUCAUUUAAUAUCCUGCAACCAGUAACAUGAAGAGCUUUCUCCCCAAGAGAAAUUGCUACAAUAGCUGCAAGAGCUAUUGUACAAGCACCUUUAAACAAUCAAGUUAUUGCAUUUGUGUUUGUUUUUACUCUGGCAGAACAGCAUGAGCAGCCUAUUGCUAAGAAGCUAGAAACAUUUUGCGUGCUCCGCUUGGCAGGGCUUUGGUUGGUUUGUCUGUUUUUCUGCAAUUAAAGCAGGAACGUAUAUAUGUGUACUUGGAAAAAAUGCAACCGGCCUCCUCCACUGCCAUGGCUUUUCAUUAAAUGGUACUGUUUUGAGAGGCUUAGCCUUAAAACUUUAAAUGGCAAAUGUAUGUGUAUAUAUAGAGAGCAAGCAUGGAAAGCUCUACAAAAUGUAGAAGAAAGAAGCCCCUGUACUUAAAACUAAGCUAAUAAUAACAGCACAACUUGUUUUCAUGAAACAAAAAAAAUGUACCAAAUGUGGUUGGUGGUUUGGGGAGCAAAGGAAAAAGAACAGUGUCAAAUGAAUGUUUGAAAAUGCUUUUAAUUUUGAUUAAAAAUCUCUACCAAAGCUACUUGUUGUAUUGCUUGAACAUUUAUGAACUAAAUAAAGAGAUG